AUGCAGCCUUCGCAUGAACACCAGCUCCAGCUGCAGUCGAGUGACGGUGCCGUCAGUGACGAGAACCGUCGUGUACUCGAGUGGAUUGCCCAGAUGAUGAACCCUCAGACACGCGAGGGAGCUUUGCUUGAGUUGAGUAAGAAGAGGGAACAAGUUCCCGAAUUGGCUCUGAUCUUGUGGCACUCGUUCGGUAUGUUACCCCUGUGUCGAGUUGCGACCAAUCAAUGCGCUGACGUUAGCUANGGUGUCAUGACUUCGCUCCUUCAAGAGAUCAUCUCUGUCUANCCCCUCUUGAACCCCUCGCAACUCACCGCUGCUGCCUCCAACCGCGUCUGCAAUGCUUUGGCUUUGCUUCAAUGUGUGGCCUCGCACGGCGAGACUCGUGGUCUCUUCCUGGGUGCUCAUAUCCCUCUCUUCCUUUAUCCUUUCCUCAACACAACGUCCAAGUCGAGGCCUUUUGAAUACUUGCGCCUGACUUCUCUUGGUGUCAUUGGUGCGCUGGUCAAGAACGACAGUUCAGAGGUCAUCAACUUCCUCCUCACAACCGAGAUCAUUCCUCUCUGCCUACGCAUCAUGGAAACUGGUAGCGAACUCAGCAAGACUGUAGCCAUCUUCAUCGUUCAGAAGAUUUUGCUUGAUGAUCUCGGUCUUCAGUACAUUUGCCAGACUUAUGAGCGAUUCUACGCUGUCGGAACCGUGCUUUCCAACAUGGUUAAUCAGCUUGUUGAGCAACAAACGGUCCGUCUGCUUAAGCAUGUCGUUAGAUGCUUCCUUCGGUAA